AGAAUAGUACCGACGACUUCCGCAAAGAGCAGGUGCCAAGCAAGCAACCCAAAUCCACCCAAACAAGAAAAAAGGAAUUCCAUCCAAAUCCCCACGCCGAGUCGCCGAUCCGCGCGCCCCCGACGCGCCGCCGGCGAGGCCUCCCCCGAUCCACCCACCCGCGCACCAGCCAAGCAGAGGCGCCGCCAUGGACACCAGCAGGAGGAACAAGUGGCUGGCCUGGGCGGUGGCGGCCGUCAUCUUCGUCGUCCUCAUGCUCGUCACGCCCGCCAUCCCGCAGAACGAGGACUACCACGACUUCGCCGACCAGCGCACCCUCUUCCUAGGUAUCCCCAACACGUUGAAUGUGAUUUCAAACAUCCCCUUCUUUUUUGUGGGUGUCACAGGCCUCAUCCUGUGCCAUUAUAAAGAUUACUUCAGGCUCAGCUCACAGGGGGAGCUCUGGAGUUGGACGCUGUUCUUUGCUGGUGUCACCGCUGUUGCUUUUGGUUCUUCCUAUUACCAUCUCAACCCGAAUGAUGCCACCCUAGUUUGGGACAGAUUGCCGAUGACGAUUGCUUUCACCUCGAUCAUGGCCAUUUUCAUCAUCGAAAGGGUUGAUGAAAGAGCAGGAGCAAAGUCCCUAGCACCACUUGUGAUUGCUGGUGCCCUGAGCAUCCUUUAUUGGAGUUACUUUGAUGAUCUUCGCCCGUAUGCAGUAGUUCAGUUUGUUCCAUGCAUUGCUAUACCUGUAAUGGCUAUAGUAAUUCCACCGAUGUAUACACAUUCAAGCUACUGGUUGUGGGCAGCAGGAUUUUACCUCCUUGCCAAAGUUGAAGAGGCUGCUGACAAACCUAUCUAUAAGUGGACUCAUCAAAUUGUUAGUGGUCAUUCUCUUAAGCAUCUAUGUGCUGCAAUGGUACCAGUUUUCUUGGCUCUAAUGCUAGCUAAACGGACUAUUGAACCAGAAAGGGUAAGCUUGCUCAAUAAAUGGAAGGUCAAUUGGGUUACAGUGAGAGAGAGCUAUUCCAAGGAUAGGAGUGCAGUUAACGUGGACUGCAACUACGCGGCUGUUUCAAAUACAUCUGAACAGUAAAUAUGCAUCUAGCAUUCGGCACCUGUGUAAAGAAGAAAUGCAGGGCACAUCUGAAAUAGUAGGAAAUCCACCCCCAACUGACUUUUAUCGCUGCUAAUCGUAGCGGGUGAUACAUACAAGCAGUUGUUGGCGACCAAUCUUGUACAUUGUACGAUAGUAAUAAUCAUCAGAACUGGAAACCAUCUUUCCGUUACAAGAUGGUGCGUGUCAUCAAGAUGAUAUUGUUUUGUACUCUAUGACUACUCUGAGAUCCAGAUUGCUUUUGAAAGCAUGUACAGAUUUGCCCCUGUAUUGAGGCCAUAAAGAGGCGGCUAAAAGAAAAGGUCCUGCAAUUUUUCUUCUAAA